UCUUGUUCGUGUUUUGUUGGAUAAGAGCACAAAUAAAAAUGGCGAUAAUGGAACUAGUAUAAUUUUUUUUUCAUAAAAAUAUCUCAUAAUUCAUUUUGCUUUUUUUAGGAUUUAUACGACGUUAGUCGUGUUAAAAUGAUUUUUCGGGUUUGUGUUAUGAAGGCAACUGCACCAUUAAGCGUAGAUACUCUACCCGCAACUGUUCGAAAGAAUAUACAAGAUAUUGUCGCAUUAGCAACACUUACCGGUCAUGCAGCUCCAGAUGUACAAUUUGAUUUAAUCAAUAAUAUGAUUGACGCAAUAUUUCAAGUAAGAUUAAGAACUACUCAGGACGACGAUUUUGGAAGCAGUAUUUCAUGA